CAUGACGUCACCAUUGUUUACUUUUAUCGAAGCCACGCCCUCUGUUAGCAACUUGUGGCUAGCCCCGCCGCCAACGAAGCCACUCCGAGGUUCAUUCUCCCGACACCGCACCGAGUCCAACUUUAUCUACGCGUACGCAAGCUGGUCAGUGAAGUCCAGAUGCACGAGUCUGGGUCAGAACCAACUAGCCACGCCAUUCCAGCUGUUAGAACACAGAACGGGAAAAAUGCUGAGAAUGACAGUCGACUAAGGAGCGGCCAUACUCCUCCCCCAGAGUCACCCAGGGUUCCAACAUCGUCAUCCAUGAUGACCCCACCAGCUGAGGCUCCGCCGCAGCAGCAGCCGCAGCAGCAACAACAGCAAGCGGCGCAGCAGCAGGUUCUCAGCCCUCAGCAGAUCCAAGCCCUCUUCCAGCAGCAGACGGCCCUCAUGCUGCACCAGCAACAAAUUCAAGAGGUCUUCAAGAAUCAGCAAGAGCAGCUAAAUAUGCAGCUGCUCCAACAGAAGAAUGCAGGGAUUGUUAGCCAGGAGCUUACGGCACAGCAGAUUGCCAUCCAGCAGCAACUUCUUCAGGCGCAGCAGCAGCAUCUGCUCAACCUGCAGAGGCAAGGCCUGCUCUCCGUGCUCCCCACCAGUCUUACCGGCUGUGAAAAUGGCACGUUAUCCACAGGCGGAGACUCCAGAGAGUCGUCCAAUCACCAGUCUGCGACCAACGGACACCCCGCUCUCCUGAAAAGGAAGGAAAGCGCCUCGCUCGAUGAAAACGUGCCCAGUAGCCACGCUCUCUACGGGAACGGCAUGUGUAAAUGGCCCGGCUGUGAGACAGUCUUUGGAGACUUUCUGGCAUUUCUCAAGCAUUUGAACAGUGAGCACACGCUUGACGACAAAAGCACCGCACAGUGCCGCGUGCAGAUGCAAGUGGUUCAGCAGCUGGAACUACAGCUAAAGAAAGACAAAGAGCGACUUCAAGCAAUGAUGGCUCACCUGAAGUCGUCGGAGCCCAAAGUUGCCGCUCAGCCCGCAAACCUUGUGCCUAACGUGUCCUUCUCCCAGGCAACGCCGCCCAAAGGUCCCCAUAUGAGCUUGUCCCAGAGCGCCACGGCGCCUUCCACGCCACUGACGCCCCUGUCCGAAUCCCCCUCGGUCCUCACUCCCAGCGGUGGCUUCAACGGAACCCCUGUACGCAGACGGUACAGCCGCUCUGUCAGCCAAGAUAUCGUUGAUAAUAAGGAGUUCUACCUGAGCACAGAAGUUAGACCGCCAUUUACAUACGCGUCGCUCAUACGACAGGCAAUAUACGAGUCACCGCGCAAUCAGUUGACUUUAAAUGAAAUCUACAACUGGUUCACAAGAAACUUUGCCUAUUUCCGACGCAACGCGGCCACGUGGAAGAAUGCUGUCAGACACAACCUGAGCCUCCAUAAGUGCUUUGUACGCCUGGAGAACGUGAAGGGAGCCGUGUGGACGGUGGACGAGAUCGAGUUCCACAGACGAAGGCCCCAGAAGGCAGCCGGUAAUGGCUCCCUCUUAAAAAACCGACAGAGCUUAGCUGGGUCUGCUUCCCAGGUUGGAAGUUUAGACUGCAACGCCUUCUACAACUCGGGUGUGAUGGGCAGCAUCCCAUUGCAUUCCCUGCCCCACGUCCUCCAGGAGCAGAUGAACGGCGCCCUUGCCAACGGGUCCGGCUACCAAAGCGACGGCAGCGCCACGCAAUCGCCACCGCAAGCUUUUAUCAAAGAGGAGCAAGAAGAUGGGGAAAUCUGUGAAAAUUACCCUUACGAAUCUCCCGAGAGCACAGAUGAGCACGGCCACAGCCCGGAGACGAACCGCGACGACAACAACGGCAGCCCGGAGCGGCUUCGUCUGGACCGCGUGCCCUCUCUCUGACCACGCGGUCCAAGAUUUCAAAACCACGUAUUCCAAAAGAGUCCCAAAGCAACUGCUUCAUCGACAUAACCAAACACUCUUGUUGUUCUUUUAUUAUUUAUCAGUAUUUUGGGGGGUUCUUUUAAUCCAGUUUUUAAUUCUGUACAGUCAAGUGAGAUCACACAUGUGAAAACGGUCUUUUCAUGGUUGAUAUUUUUUAAACACGAGCAUGAGGAGCAGAGAAGCCAAAGGAAAGGGAACACGGAUAGGGAGCACUUCACAAUUAAAAAAAUAAACAGAAAAAACAAUAGUUGAUUUUUAUUUUAGUCAUAUUAUAUAUGCAUUUGUAGAGAUGAUUCUUGAUAUGUUCACUGCCUCCGUGAUCGCAUAUAUUUGUAACAAUAUCAUCAGGUGAUUAAAAAAACAGAAUGUCUUUAUACGUGUUGGUAUUUUUCACCCCCACCACAAACAUUGCUGAAUUUUCUCAAAUUGAGCAUGUAUGAGUAGAUGCUAUAGAUUUACCUUUUACUGUAGACCAACUCUAUGAAGAAUAAAUUCAUCAUGAUAACUGUCAAA